UCGACGUACGAGCUACGAGGGAAAGAGGACGAGCAGAGAGAAGUCAGUCUGGCCGCGCGCGCCUACGAUCACUGUCCACCGCCGGUCUCACGUCGCUCUCUUUGCACCGGCGGGACGGUCCCAAUUUCAAAUCAUUCUCCGACUUGUUUCCAACAAACUCUCGCUCUCACAAUCAGUUGUCACCUCCUCGAGUGGUUCUUCCAUUUUCCUUUCUUCAUCGCGAUCUCAGUGCGAUAUACGUCGUGAUUCGCAGCUGUUUUUCACUCUUGGUAAACAAAUGGAAGAAUUCCGGGAUACGAGAUAUUGUUCUCGAUUCUUUCUUUAUUUGUUUCGUAAAAUUUCGUCGGUGGUCCUUUGCAACAGAACGUUGCAUUAUAUCGUGAUUCGCAGUUGAUAAUUUAGAAAAAUCCAAGAUAUAUCGUUUCUCUAAUUUUUUUUUUUAAUUGUUUCAUAAAAUUUCGAAUUUUUCCGCUACCAGUUGCAUCGUGUGUUCUUUGAUUGUUUAUACAUCUAAUAUCUUUGAUUUUUCUUUCCCUUGAAAUAAUGUUCUUCUUUCAUUUCCGGUCUUCCUCCUUAUCUUUGUUCAAAGAUCGUACAGAUGUCUCAUCAUUGGUAAUUUAGAAGAAUUCUCAAUGAAGAAAUAUUGUCCUUUUCAUUUCUGUUUCUUUCUUUUCUGUUUGUUUAUCUCGCGAAGUUUUAUCGAUGAGAAUACAGUGAAUGAGCUUGUGAAAUAGAUACAGCGUAACCGGUGCUUUUCAUUUCUUUGAUAUACCGUGGCGAUUAGGGGCCGCAUUCUUGCACGCCCUCUCACGUGGACCACGCGACGGCCGCGAAUUUCAAUUACGAGAUUCUAGUUCGCCACUACUUGGAAUGCUUUAAUUUCUUCCGCGAUGUCGGUGUCGUGAUAGACGCGGUGACACUGGUUCCAUUGCGCGCUCUUUUUUUCUUACCAGGGAUGACAUUCCGCGUGUUCGUGCGAUUUCUGGUGUUUCGCUGAAGAUUGUCCGCUUUUGACGAAAUAUAAUUACACGGAAAUACGACGACAGAGGUUCGGUGACUGGGCAUGCUACUUGCAAACGCGGAGAGGGCUUGUCUGUUACUAACGGCGAUCCACAUUUUACUCGACAAGGGCGUCUACGCCGAGACGUUCACCCUCGGUUAUAUCACCGGUUCGAAAAGACGUCCAGGGGACUUGGAGUAUCAACGUCCUGGUUACCGGAUAUCCGGCGCCAUAUCGCUCGCCGUGGAAGAGGUGAACGCAGGUGAGCUCGGUCGACGCGGACACAAGCUCGACUUCCUGAUCGCGGAAACUUAUGGCGAGGAGGAGACCAGCAUCCUGAUGACCGCCGAUCUCUGGACGAAGAACAUCAGCGCGUACAUUGGGCCCCAAGAAACCUGCAUCCACGAGGGCAGAAUGGCCGCUGCGUUCAACCUUCCAAUGAUAUCUUACUUCUGUACUCAUCGCGAGUCGUCCGACAAGAAAGAAUUCCCGACGUUCGCCAGAACGAGGCCACCCGACACGCAGAUCAGCAAAUCUGUUGUUUCAGUGCUGAUGGCAUUCAACUGGACGAAAGUGACGUUCAUGUACAUGAACUCGACCCUGUUCGAAUUCAACAAGAUGUCAACGAUCGCGGAGACCAUACUGUCGUCCUUCGAGGCUGCUGGCGUGACAGUGAACUUUGUCCGUUGCUGGGAAGAACCCUAUCACGUCACGCACAUGACCAAUCCAUUCCACAAAUACGUCAGCGAAACGUAUCGAGAAACGCGAAGAAACUACUACGAGCACAUGGGACUGCUGAUGGCUCUGGACCAAAGGAAGCUCUUGGAAAAAGGCGAAUACUGGGUGGUCGGUGUCGAUAUCGAGCAGUACGAUGAGAAACGACCGGACAAGUACUUCCGUGGUUUAUGGCAGAAGAAGACCAACUCGUCGAUACUGAAAGCGUAUCGUAGCUACUUCAGCGUGGUAGCUUCCACGCCCAUUUACUCGAAGAACUUCACGCGAAUGGUGAACGAGUACAGGCAAAGGCCGCCGUUUAACUUCACCAAUCCAUUGGCGAACAUGGGCGGGAUCAUUCAGAUCGUGCCAGAAACGGCGUACCUGUACGACGCGGUGCACCUCUACGAGAGAUCGUUGUUGAAAGCUCUGGACGAGAAUCGGGACCCUCGGAACGGCCGUGAAAUGGUGGCGGCGCUUUACGGCGUUCAUUAUCGGAGCGCCAUGGGAUACAUGGUCUACAUGGACGAAAACGGAGACGCUGAAGGCAAUUACACUCUGAUCGCUUUGGACAAUCGACCGACAAAGGGGCACGGUUUAUAUCCCAUAGCUUACUUUGUGGGAAAGGAGAACGGCACGAAUCUGCCGAGACUUCGGCUGACGAGGGACAUUUCGUGGAUCGGUGACGGGCCGCCCAUCGCCGAGCCUCGCUGCGGCUACCACGGUGAAAAAUGCACUUCUCACACGGGAGAAAUCGUGGGCGGUAUAGCCGGUGGAUUUCUGUUGAUUAUGACGGCGGUGAUGCUGAUGCUAUACAGGAACUGGAAGUACGAGCAGGAACUGGAUUCCCUGCUCUGGAAGGUGAACUACAAAGACAUUCAGAUCAAAGAGAAGAAAGACGAAUCGACGGGAGUCAAUGAGGCGCCUACCAAAUGUAAUUCCAAGACGACGACACAGCCAAUUGUAAGAACCAGCCAAGUUUCCCUAAGCUCGAAUCCAGAUGCUGACUUUCGAUAUUCCAUGAUUUACACGCAAAUUGGUGUUUAUAAGGGGCGGAUAUUCGCCGUAAAGAAGGUACGGAAGAAAUCGAUCGAAAUUACACGGGAGAUGAAGAAGGAACUGAAAGUGAUGCGUGAUUUGCGACACGAUAAUUUGAACGCUUUCAUCGGAGCCUGCACCGAUCCGCCGAACAUAUGCAUCGUCGUGGAAUAUUGCGCUCGUGGCAGUCUGAAGGACAUUUUGGAGAACGAGGACAUGAAGCUGGAUAACAUGUUCAUGGCGUCCUUGGUCGGUGAUAUAAUCAGGGGUAUGAUCUAUCUGCACGAAUCUGUCAUAAAAUACCACGGUUCGUUGAGUACGUCGAACUGUUUGGUGGAUUCUCGAUGGGUCGUAAAGCUGGCGGACUUUGGAUUGCACGAAUUUAAAAAGGACGCCGAGUGUGAGCCGUGCGAUGUUAUGAAGAAGUAUCACGGUUUAUUGUAUCGAGCGCCAGAGUUAUUACGAUCGACGAAAAGUCAGGAGCCAACUGUACGGGAUUAUCAGAGAGGGGACGUUUAUUCUUUCGCGAUAGUGUUGUACGAGCUUCAAGGGAGGCACGGUCCUUUUGGAAUCAGCGAGUUAACCCCUUCGGAGAUAUUGAAGAAAGUAAUCGCGAGAGAACCGGACACCGAACCGUUCAGACCACCGUUGAACCAGUUGGAGAACUGUUUCCAGUUCGUGCGCGCUUGUCUAACGGAGUGUUGGGCCGAGGAUCCCGAGAUUCGACCAGACUUCAAAAUUAUUAGGAACAAGCUAAGGCCUUUGAGAAAGGGCAUGAAACCAAACAUAUUUGACAACAUGAUGGCCAUGAUGGAGAAGUACGCGAAUAAUCUGGAGGCGCUGGUGGACGAGCGAACGGACCAAUUAACGGAAGAGAAGAAAAAAACAGACGCGUUGCUGUAUGAAAUGCUACCACGUUACGUGGCAGAGCAGUUGAAACGAGGACACAAAGUUGAAGCCGAAAGCUUUGACAGUGUUACAAUUUAUUUCAGCGACAUUGUCGGUUUCACUGCCAUGUCAGCCGAGAGCACACCCUUACAGGUGGUAGAUUUUCUAAACGAUCUAUACACCUGUUUCGAUUCGACUAUAGAAAAUUACGAUGUCUACAAAGUGGAAACUAUCGGUGAUGCUUACAUGGUGGUGAGCGGUUUGCCAAUUCGAAACGGUAUCCAACAUGCGGGGGAAAUUGCCAGUAUGUCCUUAUGCCUUCUAGACGCUAUUAAACAAUUCACCAUUCGACAUAGGCCGUUAGAUAAGCUACAACUGCGAAUCGGCAUACAUUCUGGUCCUGUAUGCGCCGGUGUGGUCGGUCUAAAAAUGCCCCGUUACUGUCUAUUUGGAGACACCGUAAAUACUGCCAGUCGUAUGGAAUCUACUGGAUCUGCUUUAAAGAUCCACUGCAGCAAAGAAACGAAGGAACUCCUGGAUCAAUUGGGCGGUUUCAAAGUGGUGGAAAGAGGGCUAGUCUCUAUGAAAGGCAAAGGCGAGCGACUGACCUACUGGCUCCUCGGCGAAGACCCCGUCUUACGGGAGGAACGAAACAGGGAACGAAAAAAUCGAAGGAACGGCCACGCCAAGAAGAACCCGAACCCUCUGAUACCACGAAGCUCCCUCAAGAACAAAUCUCUCGUACGAUCCACCUUCAUGAGAUGUUCCAGCGAGUCCCCGAAACGAUUGCGUUUCGCAAGCUCCGAUCAACUGGACCAGAACUGUUCCCGCGCGAACAGCCAAUUGGAAUCGAUCGUCGACAAUAGUCCGUGUAAACCGAAGGCCUCUUGUACGGCGAGAGCUUCGUGCGCGGACAGCUGGAGGUCCUCAAGCAACUCGUGCCCGUGCGUCGAGAAAUUGUGCGAACAGGAAACUGUUCGGAUCGACGUGAAGGAUCUGGCGCGGAAUCAAUCGGACGCGAGGUGUUCGCCGCUGCGAGCGAACUGGACGAUCGGCAGUGAGCCUUGUUUCUUGCGCGGAGGGGCGAAGAACUUCCGGUUCGGGUCGGCCGGCGUCGCGCAGACAACCUGCAGAUCCGCGCCCAGCAGCCCAAGGCACAGCACUCUGAUCUUAAAUUGUCAGAGGCGAGCGGCACAGUCGAACGAGGAGAUAGACGGAUGGGACGCUACCACGCCACUGAUUUAUUAUCCGGGAGGACGAUUGGAUUAAGGAGCCUGGGCUGGAGCCGCCACGAGUGUAGGCUCGUCGAUCUCGAGUCGGUUUCUUCAACGCGACAUCGACGUGAUUUAACUCUCGACGAUCGGAUGCAGGUGCUCGAUUACGCGCACAUGGAAGUACCGAUCGUCCGUACUGAGAGACCGGGAGGAAUGAGAGAUCGAAGAGUUGAAGUGUGCGCUUAAUUCGGUGUGAUUAAUUAAGCCGGGAUGUUGGUGAGUUGUUCUCGAUGAAUGAAAGUCAUCGAAUGGCUGAAGAGCGCGACGCCUCGAUAAUUGCGGAGACUCGAAGGAUACCGAGGUAGGAGUUUACUUCGAUUUAUCGAUUUGUAGCUGGUCCGGUUCAUGCGAUCUC